GGAACCUGGGUACAGACUCCACCCCUGGCCCAUGUGACCAGGAAAGUGAUCUUGGCCCAGGAGGAGGCUCAGUGCACAGGGAGGAGGAACAGCACAGCCCACCACCAGGACAGCAGUGCUUGUGAGCAUUUCUGGAAUCCAAGCUCUUCCCACAGAGGGAGGGACAGAGCAGGCAGCAGACACCAUGGAGUCCCCUGCAGCCUCUGCCCACAGAGGACUUGUCCCCUGGCUGGGGCUCCUGCUGGCUGCCUCACUCCUAACCUUCUGGAGCCUGCCCACGACUGCCCAGCUCACUAUUGAAUCAGUGCCGCCCAAUGCUGCUGAAGGGAAGGAUGUGCUUCUCCUAGUCCACAAUCUGCCUGGGGAUCUAAGGGGCUAUGUUUGGUACAAAGGGGAAACAGUGGACAGCAAUCAAAAAAUUGUAUCAUAUAACAUAGACACUCAAGCAACUACCCAUGGGCCUGCAUACAGUGAUCAAAUGGAAAUGUACACCAAUGGAUCCCUGCUGUUCCAGAACGUCACCCUGAAGGACACAGGAAUGUAUAUGCUACUAACCGUAGACAAAAAUGAUCAGAACAAGCCAGUAACUGGACAGCUCCAUGUAUACCCGGUGUUACCCAAACCCAGCAUCACAAGCAACAACUCCAACCCGAAGGAGCACAAGGACCCUGUCAUGUUAACAUGUGAACCUCAGACUGAGAACACCACCUACCUGUGGUUGAUCAACAGUCAGAGUCUCCAGGACAGUGCCAGGCUGCAGCUUUCCAUGGACAACAGGACACUCACUUUACUCAUUGUCACAAGGAAUGACAUGGGACCCUAUGAGUGUGAAAACCAGAACCCCGGGAGUGCCGGUCGCAGUGACCCAUUCACCCUGAAUGUUCUCUAUGGCCCGGACACCCCCACCAUUUCCCCCUCCGACUCCCAUUACCUUCGUGGGACAAACCUCAGCCUCUCCUGCCAGGCAGCCUCUAACCCGCCUGCACAGUAUUCUUGGCUUAUCAAUGAGAGUUCCCAGCAACCCACACAGGAGCUCUUUAUCUCCAACAUCACUUUGAAAAAUAGUGGAUCCUAUACCUGCCUUGCUCAUAACUCUGUCACUGGGCUCACAAGGGCCUCAGUCAAGACUGUCACAGUCUAUGAGCCAGUGGGAAAGCCCACCCUCCGAGCCAGCAAUGCUGCCGUCACAGAGAAUAAGGACACCGUGGUCCUGACCUGCCUCACAAAUGACAUGGAUAUCUCCAUCCGGUGGCUCUUCAAGAACCAGAAUCUCCUGCUCUCGGACAGGAUGAAGCUGUCCCGGGACAACAGCACCCUCACCAUCGACCCUGUCAGGAGGGAGGACGCUGGGGGUUAUCAGUGUGAGGUCUUCAACCCCGUCAGUUCCGGCAAAAGUGACCCCUUCAGGCUGGAUGUGCAAUCCUCACUCCUAACCUUCUGGAGCCUGCCCUCCACUGCCCAGCUCACUAUUGAAUCAGUGCCGCCCAAUGCUGCCGAAGGGAAGGAAGUGCUUCUCCGUGUCCACAAUCUGCCUGAGGAUCUUGAAAGAUAUGCCUGGUACAAAGGGGAAGUAGUGGAAAACAGUAAAAUUGUAUCAUAUAAAAUAGUCACUCAAUCAACUAACUAUGGGCCUGCAUACAGUGGUAGAGAGACAAUAUACCCCAAUGGAUCCCUCCUGCUCCAGAACGUCACUCUGAAGGACACAGGAAAGUAUAUCCUACAAGUCAUGCUAAGAGAUUAUGAUACCAAACAAGUAACUGGACAGCUCCGUGUAUACCCCUCACUGCUUACCUUCUGGAGCCUGCCCACCACUGCCCAGUUCACUAUGGAAUCAGUGCCGCCCAAUGCUGCCGAAGGGAAGGAUGUGCUUCUCCGUGUCCACAACCUGCCUGGGGAUCUUAGAAGAUAUGCCUGGUACAAAGGGGAAAUAGUGGAAAACAAUGAAAUUGUAUCAUAUGUAAUAGAGACUCAAACAACAAUCAAUGGGACUGCAUACAGUGGUAGAGAGACAAUAUACCCCAAUGGAUCCCUCCUGCUCCAGAACGUCACUCUGAAGGACACAGGAAAGUAUAACCUACAACUCAUACUAAGAGAUUAUGCUACCAAACAAGUAACUGGACAGCUCCGUGUAUACCCGGUGUUACCCAAACCCAGCAUCACAAGCAACAACUCCAACCCGGAGGAGCACAAGGACCCUGUCGUGUUAACGUGUGAACCUCAGACUGAGAACACCACCUACCUGUGGUUGAUCAACAGUCAGAGUCUCCAGGACAGUGCCAGGCUGCAGCUGUCCAAGGACAACAGGACUCUCACUUUACUCAUUGUCAUGAGGAAUGACACAGGACCCUAUGAGUGUGAAAUCCAGAACCCCGUGAGUGCCGGUCGCAGUGACCCACUCACCCUGAAUGUUCUCUGUGGCCCGGACACCCCCUCCAUUUCCCCCUCCAACUCCCAUUACCUUCGUGGGACAAACCUCAGCCUCUCCUGCCAGGCAGCCUGUAACCCGCCUGCACGGUAUUCUUGGAUUAUCAAUGGGGGGCCCCAGCAACACACACAAGAGCUCUUUAUCCCCAACAUCACUGCACAUGACAGUGGAUCUUAUAUCUGCCUCGCCCAUAACUCUAUCACUGGCCUCACAAGGACCACAGUCAAGACUAUCACAGUCUAUGAGCCAGUGAGGAAGCCCGCCCUCCAAGCCAGCAAUGCCACAGUCACAGAGCAUAAGGAAGCCGUGGUCCUGACCUGCCUCUCAAAUGACACUGGGAUCUCCAUCCGGUGGCUCUUCAAGAACCAGAUUCUAUCUCACAAGGACAGGAAGAAGCUGUCCCAGGGCAACAGCAUCCUCACCAUUGACCCUGUCAGAAGGGAGGAUGCUGGGGGUUAUCAGUGUGAGGUCUUCAACCCCAUCAAUUCCAGCAAAAGUGACCCCUUCAGGCUGGACGUACAAUAUGAUCCAACACUACCAAGUCCUGGCCUCUCGGAUGGGGAUAUUGUUGACAUCAUGGUUGGCACCCUGAUUGGUGUAGUUCUGAUAGCAGCCCUGGUGUGCUUCCUGUGUAUCAGAGAGACUAGAGGGGCAAGCGACCAGCGCGAUCUCACUGAGCACAAACCCUCAGCCUCCAACCACAGUAAGUAAAGCCAUCACCAGUGACAGCUGGUGUGUUCCACCAUGCGCCCUGCCCUAGCAGGGAAACCUGGUCCCAAGGACUCAGUACCUUCUGAACUUUUAGAGGGGAUCUCCAUUUCCCAACAUUAGGUUGCCAUGGGUCCUCACACUCUUCUAGUCACAAAAGAUCCCCCUGAGACCCAGCCCUGGGAGAGACUCACUCAGCCAGACCUGGCAGGCCUGAGAAAGAUAGACAUGUUUUCCAAAGCCAUACCUCACCUUACACCUUCCCCUCCUUCUCUAUUAGGGAUGUGGGCACUCUCCUUUGGUGAGACUUUCCCUGUCUUGUGGUGCUUUGGGUGCUUUCCCUCCUUGCCAGGGGUGCCUGUUGCUGAGAAACACAACUGGGCAAAAACAACGUCUUGUGAGCUGG